UUUUGAUAAAGAAUUUUGUUUGGUUGUUCUUUUAAAAAUACGUGAUGUGAGUCUUUUGUGAAGCAACAAAUAAUAAGUACUUUUUUAUAGUCACUUGGAAAUUAUGGGAAAAGGUUUACAAGAGUCGUAAAGGUGCAAAUUUUUCCAUAGGGCGUGGGUUGUUUACGUGUCGUUAUUUAAAGAUGUUUCGUCCGCUAAUUGCCUUUGGCUAGUUGCCAAAAUUCGGAAAGAGACCGAGUACAUCACCGAACAAAGACGGAGAAACGUCAUGCGAUGGAAAAAUGUCGCGGCACGGUGUAUUGAAAAAUCUCUGGUGGUAGAGAAACAUCUGCCAAGUUUCUUACGUUAUUUUCAUCAUUGGCUAGCCAACAGCAACUCGCGUUCUCCUUGAAAACCACUACCGAUCUCAUUAUUCAUUUAUUUGAAACUUUUUUUUUAAUACAACCUAUUUUUAUCUUUCCCAAUUUGAUUAAAUUUGGAUUCCAUCAACAGUGAAGGUACUGAUCACGUCAAAAGAAAAUAACAGCUUCUUUUGGACGUGUUUAUUUAAAUAAGCCACUGAGUGUCAUUAAAAAACGAUAAAAAAAUAAUCGAAUCGAUCAAACUAUUUUGGUCGUGUUAAACAAUCCGUUAAAAGUAAGAAAAACCAUCUGGCUGUGAUCGAAUGAGUCAAAUGGUUUUCUCGCCUUGACACUGCCUCCGAACGGGAGCUCCCCCUAAACGAUUGGAGAACAGCUGGAGAAACACUGCGAUCGAAAUAAACAAAGCGUUAUAAACUUUAUCUUUUUCUAUUAUCCAAUGUUUGAUUAGCGUCAAUUGGAAUUAAACGUACCGAGGAGGACGACGUUACCCUUUUUCAUUCAGGAGUUAAUUGUAGCGCCCUCGGUUUAUUGCCGUCCGUAGUAUAAAAGCGUCGACCUAUUUAUAUGAAUUACCUUUGCCUUUUUAUCUUAGGACUUGAACAUGUAGAAUAACUAACAUCGCGAUAACGGACCGUUUUAUAAUUGAAAUGGCGCCAACAUUCUUUAAGUUGGAGUAAAUCCAUAUUCUAUUUCAAUCGUUUAUUAUUUUCUGACACAAACAAAAACAUUUAAGUUGGCGUAUUCAAACUGAUAACAAAAUUCGCUCUGUCACAUUUUCUCAUGUUCGGCCAAUUUUUUUUUUAGCCCCGCUCUCCAAAUCCCAUGAUCGAAAACCAACCCCUUUUGGGAAUUUCGUGUUUUAAUGAAAUUAUGCGUAUUGCUUAUCGUCUGAGAGCCGAAGAACUAAGAAGCACCUAGUACCAUCAGGUGAUGGUGGUUUCAUCAGUGGGUAACACCUUUUUGCUCUAAAACAGACGUCGUUACAGACGGAAGGGACGGUUGAGACAUUAUUCGUUAGGCAAUUUUAUUGUGUGUGUUAUGGUGCGCCGUUAACUCUUUCAAGAUUUGUGGUACUGCGAUAUGGCACGAUUGUAUAUCAAGGAUUUACUUAAAUCAAUGCUCAAAAUGGACGGUAAUAAUUUAAACGAUAUGAACGCACACUCCACAGCGUCGAUUUGCUCAAGGGGUUCUACUGAGGAUGAGACCGACCCAGAAACGUUAUCUUCUAUGAAUGCUGUUGGUGGAUAUCAAACUUCGAAUAUCGGGCAAGCCCGUAGCCGAUCAGUUAAGGAGUUUGAAGAAACUCUUACCGCUCUUCGGAAAGAAAACUUCAAUCUUAAGCUGAGGAUUUAUUUCCUUGAGGAGCGGAUGGGGACAAACUUUGGCAUGGAUAAAGAAAAUGCGAUUAAAAAAAAUAUUGAAUUAAAGGUGGAAGUGGAGAGUUAUAAGAAAGAGCUUGCAGAGAAACAGGAUCUCUUAUGUCAAGCUGUGAAGGCUAUGGAGUUGGAUGAAGAAGAACACAUUAAAGUGAAAGAUGAACUCCAACAGAAAGUUAAUAACUUACAGAAUCAAUUAGAUUCGCUCCAACAGAAGUAUGAUGAUGCUACGGGAGAUCAUGGUGAUCGUGGUUUUGAUGAUGAUAAAGAAUUUUAUGAAAGAAACUUUGAGAAACAUUGCAGUCAUGAACCCUACAUACAAGAAUUAGAAAAUAAAAUAAAAGAACUUGAAAACGCUCUGGAAAAAUCGAAAGAAAACGCGCGUGAUUUGGACAACCUUUUACAGCUAACAGAAAAUAGAAGUAGUAAUUUAGCGUCCGUUGAAGAGGAAUUAAAAGAAAAAGAAAACGCCUUAAAGAAACAACAAGUCGACAUCGAAGAACGCAAUAAAAUCGUGUCGAAUUAUCGCGUACGCGUGAGUAAACUCGAAGAUGAUUUGAUUGAAAAGAAAAACGACAUUGACUUCAUCGCCAAGGAGUUGAAAGAGAAGUGCCUUUUGGUGCAAGAUUUAAAACACGACAACGAGGAUCUUCAAAAAUUGCUGAACGAGAACCAAGCUAACCUAACGUUGGAACGACGCAAGAUCGAGAAGCAUAAGCUAUCGGUUUACGAACGGAACAAGCGGAUUAUCGAACUAGAAGACGAGGUGAAACAGCUAACGAAAAAAUUAACGAUUAUGCAGGCGCAGUUCGAGGUUGCGGUCAAAACCGAGGUUCAACGUAAAAACGAUGGGGCGCGUAAACCUCAGUCACCGCUUACUGACGCUAAUAAAUUUGCAGUUGUCGAGCCGGCUAAAGGGAAUGCCAACACCGCAUCCGGCGACGAGCAUGUAUACAGCAACCCAAGGUCGCCAUCACUAUCGCAACUAAAACUCUCACCCCGAUCUUCAUCGCCAAAUUUCGAACGUCAUCGCGUCCAAUCCAAGUCACCUUCACACGCACCGGCCGAAUGUUCGUCUAACUACGCCGUUACCACGCCAGAUUUAAAACAACACAGUCUUGAUCAGUUACAGCAAGCAAUCGGAAAUUACCAGAAGCAAAUCUCCAAGCUCGAACAAGAUCAACUUAAAGCGUGUAAACUUAUCCAGUUUAUGUGCGAAACUCGUAAAAAGAACACUAGAGAAAUUGAUGAACUUAAAUCGAUUAUUACAAAAAAAGAUUUUGAAAUCGAUCAGCUAUCAGAAAAAGUUAGGAAGACUCCUUUUAAAGAUCUUAGCAUGGUGGAAUCCUUGUCUACUCACCUUUUAUCGCCCAAUCAUAGUAAGAAGAGCGUAAAUUCAAGAACCGACGUCAGCAAGACUUCUAGCAUUGAAGUCGUUACAAAUAAUGAGACAUCUGCUCCUGACUUGAUUGAGGACCCUAAGUUGUUACUAGAACAAUACAGAGAACUUACAGAUAACUUAGAGGAACAAAAACAGGUUUUGAUAAGUACCGUUGAAGAAACGAAAAAUCAACUCGAAGAUCUUGAAUGUAAAUGUGAAUCGCUCAAGGCUGAACUGAAAACUCGCGAAAAUCGAAUUGUCGACUUGGAAUUUGAACUUCUCUCGUUAUCCCAGGGAAUAUCGAGUGAAUCUUUAGGAAUGGGGGAGAAGUCUGAUGUGGGUAACGAAAAGCCAGCUUCGUUUUUCAUCAAAGAACUUGAAGAGAAAGACCGUGAGAUUGAAAAGCUCGAAUCGGAACUUAAGAAGCGGACCUGUGAUCUUCAAGGAAUCGUUAACAAAGAACUUUGGGAGAAGAAUCGAGAAAUUGAAAAAUUAACGAAACGUUACAACGAAAUCAUCGCAACCAAAGACCAAGAAUUGAAUCAACUCGAAGGAGAUUUAUCAUCAAAAACUCAACAAUUGGAGGUUUUAACUGAUAGAAUAUCUGAAUUGGGGAUAAUCGUGAGACAUCAAGAUGAUUCUUUCGAAAUAAUUAAGAAGGAAAGUCUCGAAUUGUGUUCGUUAGAGUUAAAAUUAAACGAUUCGAUCAAAGAACGCGACUUUUAUCGAACGCAAUUGGUCGAGUAUGAUAAUAAACUCAAACUAGCUACUGAAAAAGCUAUCAUUGAUACACAAAAAUUAUCGCAGUUAGAAAAUGAAGUACAAUUGAUCAGAGAAGAAAAUGAGAAAUGUGAAAAUCUUCGGCAGGACGCCCUGGAAGUGUGCUCGAUUCUUUCAAGACGCCUGGAAGAGUUGGCUUACUUUUUGGACUCUUUGCUUAAGCAGAAAUCAGUUUUGGGCUUUUUAGGGACGAAACAAAACGAAAAACUUCGACAACUUAUUAAUCAAAGCUUAGAUAUAUCUCAUACGUUAUCGCUCUCUAUAUCAUUAAACCCAAAUCAAAGCCUGAUGCAACUCUCCAACCUCUCAGCUCUUUUAAACACAACAACACCGAUCGAAUGUGACGAAAACGGCGAUCAAAACGAAUACGUUAAUAAAAUCCCAACGGAAAUUUCCCUUACCUAUCACAGUCAUUUUAGUCAAACAGAACAAAUAGGCGAAGAAGGUGGGAUUAUUGCAACGCUAAGAUCGCAAAUUGAUAAAUUAAAGAAUGACAUUCAAGCUAGGGAUAUUGAGUUGGAAAAAUUGGGCGUUUCUUUAGAAAAAGGCGAUAACAAUGAAGUAAAAAUGUUAUCUGUUGUUAAAGUCGAUGAAUGCAUUAAAGAAGACGAGGAAAUUAUGGAUGUGUUAUUAUCUAUUGUUCCCGAAUCGCAAGGUGCACAACCAUCAUCUCAACAAAUCUACGAAACAUUAGUGUGCACUAAAAUAAGCGGAUCUGCUGAUAAAUCAAAGUAUGGGAUUGAUAAUUCGGAUACUGAAUCGUGGUCUGAACCAGAUAGAGCCGUAUCUAAAGCAAGAAUCGGUUUGGGCGAUUGUAUAACACCAACACAAUCAAGAGAAGAUAUAGGCUCCACUGAAGACGACCCAGAAAAAUCUAAUUCCGCUUCACGAUUAGUUGUAUCCAGGAAAUCAAUUUUGGCAGAAAACCGCCAAACAAUAAUAAAUCUCCACGAACAAAUUUGCGAGAUGGAAUCGAAAUUAAGAGAAAAAGAAGCUGAAUUAGAAAUGCUAAAAGACACCUGUUCGGAAAUUACCCUCCAAUUAGAAUCAUCGCAAGAAACCCAAAAAAGAAACAUGGAAAUAAACGAGGAAUUAAAACGUGAAAGAGAUGAACUCCUCGAAAAUGUUGAAAUGCUCGAAAAGAAAUUGGCAUCGACCGAAAUGGUAAAACAAGAAACGCAAAUGCAACUUGGCGAGCUUCAAAAAACAAUAGAAGAGGUGAAAACCUCGCAGAAAAUACUACAAGAAACCGUUGAUCUUAAAAACAAAGAUGCUCAAAAUAAAAUGAACGAACUUGAAUUAGAAAAAGGAUUACUAAUUGAAAAAUUGAAAUUCACAGAACAAAAAGCUCAAGAUUUAGUAACUGAAUGUAUUAAUGCCGAGAAAAAAUUGCAAUUAUUACGGGAUGAGUUACAAUUCAUAGAGCAAAGCGUCCGAGAAGAAUUACAAUUAGAUUUUGAGGAAAAACUCAGGGAACAAGACGAAAAUUACGAAAUGAAGCUUAAAUUACUUGAACGUACCGCUGAGGCGGAAUUGAAAAUGUUUAGGGAUGAGGCUGAUGCGAAAAUUAGAAGGAUCACCGAUGAAGCUGAUUUACAAAUUAAACAGUUGGUGAUUGAUAAUCAAGAAUUGUUGAGUAAAUAUGAUGCUGAAUGUAUGCGAAGAGUGGAAGUUGAUAAAGUUAUGGGAUCAAUAAAAGAACUAGAAAAGUUCAAAAAAGUUGUAAAAGUAGCUGAAGAUAGAAUCCGCUCUUUAGAAGACACUGAAAAACAUUUAAAACAUCAAUUACACGACACAGAAAUCCAAUAUCAAUCCAAAAUAAGUAUGUUGCAUUGCGAAUUAGAAAAAAUUAGUUUGUCGCAUUCGGAGUCUUUACUAGAAAAGUCUCGUAUCCUAACGGAAAAGACGGAACUAGAUACGCGUCUUAAAGAAUUUGCUGAAAAGGAAAUGGAAUUCGCCCGUCAAGUGUGCGAGUACAAAGACGAUUUUGAAAAUAUGAAGGACACGUUUCAAAAGCAAUUGGCGCAUCUUGAGAGUCAAAAGUCGCGGCUUGAAUUAAGAAUUGGGGAACUUGAACAAGUCAACGCCGAGCUUAGAAAUCGAUUGGUGAGAUUACAAGCUACCGAUAAUAAUCAACAAAAUAAUCAACAACAAACAUCUAAAACGCCCGUUGCCCACCCGGCAUCAAGUCGCAUAUUGGAGCUAUUUUUGAAUAAAACAGUACCAGCGAGUUUUAAGAGGCAGUAUUCCGAGAAUUCCGAGUAUUCCGAAGAUCACAAUAAUUCUGGUAGAAACGUGUUUGGAGGUCCUGCUGUUUCAGGAUCCGCUGAAAUCGAUAGACAACACGCUAACUCAUCUCCCGAUCUUGGAAUUGAAAGCGAUCACGGCCGAUUUUCAAGUUUGGAAGCCGCGGUUAAUAUCAAUAGACCGUUUUUGAAAACAUUGGAAUUGACGGAAUCUAUGAGUAAUCUAUUAAGUAAAGACGACGGCCAAGUUGUGUCAUGCAAUAAUGACAUAUGUUGUACGAAAACGAAAGAACUGGUAAACGAAAACAACGAUUUGCGUAAGAAAUUGUUACGAACGCGUCGAGCGCUAGAAGAUACGGUUAGUCAAUUAACGAUGGCUAACCAACGUAAAAAACAAGUUGAAAAAACGAUUUGCAAACAGAUUCACAAGACUAGUCAGGUGUUGCGUAAGGCGAAGGCGAACUUAGACAACGGCUCAGAUCAUGAAGUUUUAAAGCAGUAACAAAAAUAGUAUUGUCCGGAAUUUUUUGUUUCCUUUUUUUAUGUAUAUAUUUGUUUAGUCCAUUAUUAUUUUAGCUUACGACUUUUUUAUGCUGUACAAAGAUAGGUGAUUAAAAAAAAUUUUUUUGGUAAACGUAAA